AGAGAGGGAGAGAGAGGGAGAGAGAGGGAGAACUAUUCUCUCUGCCUCUUUAUGCAAAUCCAUGCAGUUGAAAAUGUUGCGCAGACGUCACACAAAAGGCUCUCGUGUGUGUGUGUGUUUUAUUUCCUCCUCCAGCUCCGUGGUGAGGGUCAGAAAAUGAACGGCUCCUGUGACCCCGCGGUCGCGGCCUACCAGCGCGGCUCCGGGUGCGACCUCGACGGCACGUGCGCCUGGCUGUCUCCUCAGCGCUGUAACUGGACGUCGGCGUCCAGCGGAGCGCCGCGGCUUCCCACCUUUUCCACGGCGGCCAAGGUCAGGGUGAUCAUCACCUUCAUCCUCUGUGCCCUUUCCACUUUCUGCAAUCUGGCUGUGCUGUGGGCGGCCAGAGGCCAGAAGCGCAAGUCCCACGUCCGAGUGCUGAUGAUCAACCUGACCGCGGCCGAUCUCCUGGUCACCUUCAUCGUUAUGCCCGUGGACGCCGUGUGGAACAUCACCGUCCAGUGGCUGGCCGGCGACCUGGCCUGCAGGUUCCUGAUGUUCCUCAAGCUGCAGGCCAUGUACUCGUGUGCCUUUGUCACCGUGGUGAUCAGUCUGGACAGGCAGUCGGCCAUCCUCAACCCUCUGGCAAUCAGCAUGGCACGUCAAAGGAACCGGGUCAUGCUGAUGGUGGCGUGGACUUUGAGCGCCGUGUUCUCAAUCCCUCAGAUAUUCAUUUUCCAUAAUGUGACCAUCACGUAUCCUGCGAACUUCACUCAGUGCACUACGAGGGGCAGCUUCUUCACCCACUGGCAGGAAACCGCUUACAACAUGUUCACCUUUUCCUGCCUCUUCCUGCUGCCGCUGGUCAUGAUGAUCGUCUGCUACACCAGGAUCUUCAUCCAGAUCUCCAAACGGAUGACCACCAGAAACUUGUCUUCCAACGAGCCACAUCUCCGUUGCUCCAAGAACAACAUCCCCAAAGCCAGAAUGAGAACUCUGAAAAUGAGCAUCUUCAUAGUGAUGUGCUUCAUAGUCUGCUGGACUCCGUACUAUCUCCUGGGUUUGUGGUACUGGUUCUUUCCGGACGACCUGGAGGGGAAGGUGUCCCACUCCCUCACCCACAUCCUCUUCAUCUUCGGACUUUUCAACGCCUGCCUGGACCCCGUCAUCUACGGCCUGUUCACCAUACGCUUCCGCAGGGGGCUGAGGGGCUGCUGCCGCGCCCCCACUCUGUCCUCUGACAGGGGCACGAGGACCGGUGGAAAGGACGCCAGCUGUGGACGGGCUGAGCCCAAAUGCUCCGACGGCGGGUCUCUGUGCAGCCGAGGGGAAGGGGGACAACCGAGCCAUUUCAGUGCAGAGAACACAAUAUGAGAACUGCUAAAGGAACUAGUUCAUCUGUUUGAUUUCAGGGCUGCACGUGAUCACGUCCAGCUUACUACAGGCUGACAUAAGAUACCGACAUAACCCACCAAACAGAGCUUCUAUUUAAAGACAAGUUCGCCAUUUACAACAUUGAUUUUGCGGCGUGUCGCUCACGCAGCUACGCACACUGCCUGAGGUUCCAGAUGAUGGUGCAGCUCAGAGGGGUUGAGAGCUUUCCUUUGUAGCCAACACAAAAGAACAGAAUCGGUUAAUCAGAUGCAAUAUCUCUUACAUUCCUGGAGGUGUCAUAGAAUAGAAGUGAAUCAAUCACUGGGACAUUAGAGCAUACAACUACCUCAAGGAGCUUGGAAACUGAAGCAGCUAAUUCUUCACUCUGUGUUUUUCAUAAAAACGUUGGCUUUGAAAAUGAAAUCGUGCGACUUUACAUGUAAGAACAAAGUUUGUGUUUAUUCCUUAGGACCUUUGGACACAAGUUCAUCAGAGUUUUUUUCUUAACCGUUUUCAACAAAAUAGAAAUAAAUGCCUGCAGUGAUCACUUGGAGAAAAUGCAGGAGAGCUUCUGGACUUGUCCUACUGCAUGCACUUUUAAUCCAGAUUAUCGUAUUAAAAGGGAUUCUUAAAGCCAUUGGUUACUUUUGCAGUUGCCACCCCUUCUCAUUGGACUCCUUUGGUGGGAUUAAGUGAACAAUUUCCAGAUGUUUUCAUUUUCUCUGGAUUAAAUAGUGUUCAUUUCACCUAAUUUCACGUAAAAAGUUGUUAUAGUUAUUGUCUGCAAGAAAAUAUUAUUUCUGUCAUUGAUGAUACUCGUGAUUGUUUUUUGGUACCUGCUGAAUAAUGCACAUGAUGAGGUUUUCAAAUGACAUUUUUGUGUGGACCAAUCUAAAUCAAAUUAAUUAGAAAGCAGAACAUGACUAUAACUGAGAUGCAGGGAAUCAUGUUACUUUCUCUGAUUUUGCUGAAAAAAGGAUCAAAAGGGUUGUUGUGGAUGGGAUAAUAAACUAGUUGUUAGCAACGGGCUGUUCAAAAGGGUUCACCUUCCCUUUAAAUAUUUAUCAAGAUGUAGUUUAUUAAGUUAAAGUUCGCAGUCUGGUACACCUUUCAACAUAUCACACAACUUAAUACCACCCAUUCAUUUGGAUGAACUGAAUAUCACCUGUCAGU